AGCACUCUCCUCUCCUCGGUAGGUCUGUGCGUUACGUGUUACAUGCCCAUUGCCGCUGUGUUUACACGGCACCUUGCACUGAGCGGGCCCCUCCUUUGUGGUGAGCUGACUGAUCAAAAAAAGUUCGAGAGCGCCCGCUGCAACCUUUUUUUUCGCAGUGCACACACAAAGAUGGCGCAGCGCAAUUGCUCUGCCACGUCUCUCGGUCUCAGCAACAAAAAAAUCAAUGCUCUCCUCACAGCACCGGGACUGUGCUUCCUGACCAUAACCACUUUCUUGCUGGUCUCUCCCCCGGUCGCCGAAGCAGGUCUCUACUCGCAGACCGACCAGGUCGUCGUCUUGACUGCUGACAGUAUCAACUCCCAGCUCAUUAACUCUUCCAACGCCUGGCUAGUGGAGUUCUACUUGUCUUCGUGCGGGUACUGCAUACGGUUCGCCCCUGUGUGGAAAGAUUUGGCUACCAAUAUAGCAGAGUGGAAGCCAGCCAUCAGUUUAGCAGCCAUUGACUGCACAGACAUCAAGAAUCGUAUAUCCUGUGGCCACUUUCAAGUCAACAGAUAUCCCACUCUGAAGUUCUUCAAGGCUUACUCAGCGAGCGGGUCUAAAGGAGAGGUGCUUAAAGCAAACUCGUCCAGCAGUGUUACAAAUCUGCGUCAACUAAUCAUCGACCAGCUGGAGAGGCACGUGGAGGCAUGGCCCCCAGCGUGCCCACCCCUCAAGCCGGCCAGUGCAGCUGAGUUGAGUGACUUUUUCAAGACGAGCAGCAAGCAGUACCUGGCUCUGGUGUUUGAGGAAGCUUCCUCAUAUGUCGGCCGAGAGGUGACCAUGGACCUGCUGCAGUAUGAGAAUAUCGCGGUGCGCAGGGUCCUGCGCUCUGAAGAGGCGCUGGUCUCCAAGCUGAAAGUCACACACUUUCCAUCCUGCUAUCUCCAUUUCCCCAACAAGACCUUCUCCCGGCUCAGCGUGCAUGUGGAGGCGCGCUUGUUUUACACUGACGCUCUGCGGAUGCUGCCGGGGUUGGAGCAGAGAGGAUACAAGCCCAGCGUGGCUCUGGUGCCUGAGAAGAACACCACGGCUGAGGAGUGGAGAGAGUUUAACAGGUCGCGGGUGUACAUGGCAGAUCUGGAGUCCUCUUUGUAUUACUCCCUGCGUGUGGAGGUGGGGACUCACAGCACCAUCUCAGGGGAGCCGCUCAGUGCACUCAAAGCUUACAUCACUGUGCUGGUCAAGUACUUCCCAGGCCGGCCGGUGGUGAUGAAGCUCCUGCGUUCCCUGGAGUCCUGGCUGAAGAGCCGUGAUGACCCUGUGCUCCAUUACACUACUCUGCAGACAGUGCUGGACAAUGAAGCGCAGACCCAGGAUGCUGCUCUCCCCGAUGCUGUGAGGUGGGUGUCCUGCCAGGGGAGCCAGCCUCACUUCCGAGGGUACCCCUGCUCACUCUGGACCCUCUUCCACCUGCUCACAGUGCAGGCAGCCCACAGCACACACACACCAGCCCCAGAUCCCCUGGAGGUGCUGCAGGCUAUGCGCGGGUACAUACAGCACUUCUUCAGCUGCCGGGAGUGUGCCAUGCACUUCGAGGGCAUGGCGGCUGAGUCAAUGAGCCAAGUGGACAGCCUGCCCAAAUCAGUGCUGUGGCUCUGGUCCCAUCACAACAUCGUCAACAUCCGCCUUGCAGGUGAUCCAACUGAAGACCCCAAAUUCCCUAAAGUUCUGUGGCCUCCCCCUGAUCUGUGCCCCCAGUGUCACGAUGAGUUGAAAGGGAAGAAUUUCUGGAGGAUGGAUCGCAUUCUGGAAUUCCUCAAAGCUUAUUUCUCCCCGGAUCGCAUCCUACAAGACUACCUGGAGGGGGAAGAGGUGCUGCUAACAAGGCUGAGAGAGAAGCUAGCCACCAGGAAGGAAGAGGCAGCCAGGGUGGUAGAGCGGAAGGGGAGAGGGGCAGAAGAGGCGGCUGGAGGAGAGGUGGCAGACGUGGGGAGAGGGGAACCAGAGGGAGAAGAGAAGGGUGAAGCAGAGGAGGGAGUGCAAGAAGAGACAGCUAACCAUGCACCAUGGGAGAACCCUGAGCUCCCGAGGAAUCACAAGCCCAGCAUCAUCAGCGUGAAGCAGAGAGAGAUGGAGGAAGACAUCGUGGAUUUGGAUUCUUUCAUUGACCAGCGUUAUAGAAGCAAAGCCCUCAGUGCUCACAGGAGCUCCAUUCAAAAAAGAGAAGACAAACACAGGCCUUUGCAGAUCCAGCCAGAGGAUUCGGAAGCAGGUGAUUAUGUUGUGGUUCAAAGCCGCCUGAGGAAGCGUGGUCUGCGGUACGUGGUGGCCAGGGAGGAGCCCCUCCAGAAGCAGCACUGGCUCUCCAUUCUCAGUGUGGGCUUCUCCAGGUUGGACAUCAGCUUGUGUGUCCUGCUCUACUUCCUGUCAUCCAUGUGCCUUCUGGGAAUGUACCUCUUCUUGAAAAUGAGGCUGUGCAUGCCCAGAGGGAAGCUCGCCCUACCAUGAAAGCCACCCCUUUGAUUGUCAUUGAGGGUCAAGUCAACUGCAAAUGAGAAACAGGUCCAAUGGGCACAAUUGACACCAAAAUAUUUUGUUGAUAUCCAUGCUAAAUAAUACUUGAUUAAUAUUAAAAUUAUAAUUAGUGCUUCUGUUUUUCAUGUUUUAGUAACUGUAUUUUUCGGUGCAAAUUUGUAGCUAUUUUCGAGUUUUAUGCAAAUCGAUUUUUUUCGGGGCUUUCGUUUUUGAUAUACUGUAUGAAAUUAGUGUUUUCGGUUACUUUCCAAAAUGCUUGAGCAUUUUUUUUUUCUGUCAAAGUAUGUAUAGUCAUAACUUGACAGUUCUUGCACACUUAAAUUGUACCUUCUUUCCUUUGCUGUCUUCCAUAACGAAAUCCCUAUGGUCAUGGGCACAUUCUUC